AUGGCUGCGCCUUCCACCUCCCUCGCCUUCCUGUCGUCCUCCAUCUUCCAUCGCUCAUCCCCAAAGCAAUUGCCCUGUUCUCUUCCCUGCACCCGCCUUCAUGCCUCCAGAGCGGGUAGGCCCUCUCUGGGUGUGCGCUCAGAGCUGGCCACCCUCCCGGUGCUCUCCUUCUCCGGCGAGAAGGUGGGCGAGGCGGCGCUUGACCUCCGCUCAGCGCCGCCUGAGACGGCGCGCGCCGUCGUCCACCGUGGCCUCGUCACCCAUAUGCAGAACAAGCGCAGGGGCACUGCCUCGACGCUCACCCGUGGGGAAGUUCGCGGCGGAGGGAGGAAGCCCUACCCGCAGAAGAAGACGGGGGGCGCGCGGAGGGGGUCGCAGAGGACGCCGCUACGGCCCGGGGGAGGGGUCAUCUUCGGCCCCAAGCCCAAGGACUGGAGCAUAAAGAUGAACCGCAAGGAGAAGCGCUUGGCCCUGUCAACGGCGAUAGCGAACGUCGCCACGGCGGAAGAUGCCGAGGCUUUCGUCGUCGAGGACUUCGGGGAUGCAUUCGACGUGAGUGAAUUCUUUCUGAUUUUGAGACUUAUGCAAUUUACAACCUCCUAUUUUUCUGUCUUUUCCCAAUCGACAGAUUCGUCUGACUUUUUGCGACUGAUCUCUGCAGGGAACGCCGAAGACUAAGGAAUUUGUGGCGGCAUUGAAGCGGUGGGGGCUGGACCCCAAGGACAAGGUCACGUUUAUGAUGACGGAGGUGCCCGAGAAUGUCUUACUGUCGUGCAGGAACAUCGGCACCGUGAAGGUGCUGACUCCGAGGACUCUGAACCUGUUUGACGUGCUGGAUGCCAAGAACUUGAUCUUCACAAGGUCAGCGCUGGAGUACCUCAACUCUGUGUACGGGGAGGACGCCGAAGACGCUGAUGACACAGAAGAAGAAGAAGGAGAAGACGAAGAAGGUUCGUGA